UUAGAGAAGACCCUCAGUAAACGCACACACGGUUUAGUGUCAGGUAACCUGUUCGCCAUGGCAAACCGCUACCUCUCCGUCCUGCUCGUGCAGAUCCUGCUACUCCUUCCGCUGCCGCACGGUCCGGCGCGCGUGGCGGUUGCUGUGGAAUACUCCAAAACCGACUUGGACUACGAGUUCGGCGACUACAGGGGGAAGUGGUGCAUCGACGACCACGGCUUCGUGUACAGCAUCGGAGAGGUUUACUACCCGAGUCCUACGUCGUGUCCCUGCACAUGCACCAUCGACGGUCCAGUAUGCGUCCGGCCCAAGUGUCCUCGCAUCCACCCCCGGUGCACGCGGAUCAGGUAUAAAGCGUGCUGCCCGGUGUGCGAGGCUAUGGGCAGAGUCUGUGUCUACGGAGGGAAAACAUACAGGCUGCUGGAGGAGUUCAGGCUGUCAAGGUGUGAGCGAUGUCGCUGUGAGCCCAACAGAGAGGUGUACUGCAGCAUUUCCGACUGCCCAGCCCCGCACUGCGUUAACCCCACCUACGAACCCAACCACUGCUGCCCCAUAUGUAAGACCGGUCCCAACUGUUUUGCUGGGAACAGGGUGAUCCCAGCAGGCGAGCGUGUGAACAUUGACGAGCAAACAGUAUGCUACUGCACCUACCGAGACGGGACAUGGCACACCCACCCCCACGCCACCUGUGAACAGCGCCCACAGCCCAGCCCAACACAGAGCACCCGCACUGAGGCCCCCAGGGACGAGGACAGCAAAGGGAAAGGAGGGAGGCCAUUUAUUCCUAGACUGGACGUGAUACCUUGAAUUUUAAUUUAUUAGAUAGAUUUAUCAGAGGCAGAGACACUCUUGAGGUACAAAUCAACUCAUGAGUCCAGUAAACUUCAACUAUUAGAGCACCACACAAAAUUUGUUGUUCAGAAUCUAGCUUAAUUAUCCAAAUAGAACAGCUUCGGUUCUGCUUCCUGAAUUCAAGAUCUAAAGUUAACUUGUUGGGAAAUUAAAAAAAUGGUUCUCAUUUCUCUCUGGGAAAUGGUACAUCUCAAGUCCAAACAAUGGGAACUUCACAUAGCUUGGCCAAAAUUCUGAUUUGUAGUGAAGGUGCCUCCCUGGAAAUUCAAACUCUUUUUCCACUACAGCAUUGGGUAAGCUCUACUGUAUUUUUUCUUUUUAAAAAGCACUAAGCUACUUCCGUUUAGCAUCGGUGGAAUAAAAGUGAAACUGUAAAAUAAUCAAAGAGAUGUUUAGUGUCAAGCAUGGAAAUGGAGCUGGUUGGCAAGACUAUUGGGAAAGACGUUAUAUUGACAGUAGAAACCCAAACAAAAGAAUAGAAUACACAACUCUGAGACAGCUUGAAACAAAUCCCUAAGGAAGUGGUUAAUAUCCUAUCUUAAUCAGUCCAUUACUCUAUUCAAAACUGAACUGCAGUCAUACAAAAUGACUGAAAAGUUGGCAUGCUAGCCCUUUGAUCAAAUACAGUAAAUGUAGGCUUUUUUUCAGAUGUAAAGACCAGGAAUUUCUCAGAAAUACCGCAUGCCCUAUUUGAACAUCUACAGCACAGCCAAAGAAAUUUUACUGUAAACACAUGCUCAUUUAAUGGAUUUUCUUGUCUUACUGUAUUGUUAAACACUGCUGAAGACAUCAAACUGUUUAAUUUCACUAUUAAGAAGUCAUGAAGACCUACAGACUGUACAACUAUCUUCAAGUAAUUCCCACAAAUGCUGUUGGUGGCUGCGUUCUCAUUUCAAGCCAUCUGCAUGGGCCAUUCUCCUGAAAAAUAGAUGAUUGUCCUUGAAGUUCAGAGCAGACUGUAUGCUGUGUUAAUGGAGAAUAAUGUCCAUCUAGGAAAACUUGAAAAGACACUGAAAAUAUCUUGAAGAAAACUUGAGUUGCCAUGGAUGACACAGCAUUUCUGACAAACAGUAGUAAUACUAGAACGGCACCAUCCUAAACGUGUCCAGAGUACACGACUUUGCCACACAUUUUAAGUAUGCUGAGAUUUGGUUGUUUUUGAAAAAGAAAAAAUGGCAUUGAAAUUUCUUUUUAGAUUAGAUUGGAUAAAAAAUUUAAAAUACACUUUUCUUAUUUCUACACCUCCGUGGCAGCAGUACUAACCUAUGUGCUGCCCUAGUAUGUGGGAACAAAACUCUUACAGCCCAUACAAAUUAGUAGACAUGAGUGUCCAAUCACAGCUAUUUUAUAAACCACUAGGUAAACUUAAACUGGCUGAUAGUGUAUUUGGUAUAACGAUCAAAAAAGAGUUUUACCUCCCAAUUUUAAACUAAUUUAGACGUAAAGGGGCAUUACUAGAGCAAUGCUGUUUGAUGAGCUGUGGGUUCUCUAACCCGUCCUUGCAGCAGAAAGCCUUUCUGUAUUUGAAGAAUCUCUUAAGGGUCAGGUUUCCCAAACUGAAUGACUUUCAUAUCUUAAAGUAAUGAUGAAUUGUUGUUUAUUAGUUAAAUGUUAAUGGAUUACUACAUAACUACUACAUACAAAUAGAGCCUUUUGCUGUAAUGUAUGUCCAUUCUACCUCAAUACUACACAACUAGUGGUCACAAAAGCAAUUUUAGGAGUUAACAAAAACAUAUUUAGUGAUAUUUGAUCACUCUUCUUGGCAGAAUUGGUAGAGUUCAUUUAAAUUGUUUGGUUUCCUGGUACGGACCUGGUGUUCCAAAAUUUUAGUGGCUUUGGAAAAGCCAUUCUAGAAGCUUUGUCUGCUUUAUCCACUCCAAAACCAGUUUUGAUCUGUGUUUAGCAUUACUGUCCUGUUGAAACAUUCAGUUGUAUCCAGCAAAACAGCCGGAGAGCAUGAUACUGCCACCACCAUGCUCGAUAGUCAGUAUAUUUUCAGAGGUUUAAAAUCCUCCAAACUCCACAGUGAUUCCAAACCUGCCCUACUGUACAGUGACACUGACAUUCUAGCAGAGUCCAAGACUCAGGCAGACUUGAGCCUUGGUUGUUCCUGAAUAUGCUAACCAAUUUCUUCAUCUGAGUGACAGGUAGGGUCUUCUUCCAGAACUUGGCAGUGAUGACACAUCCAUAUAACUUGUACUUACACCAAAUUGUUCAAACUGAUGAUCUUGGAAUCUGCAGAUGUUUAUAAAUGGCUCCAAGACACCUUCCCAAGUUGUGUAACUCUGUAAUUCUCCUUUCUUGGACUUUCCAGUUAUUCUGGAUAUUUGUCAAUUCAGUGAUUGUUGUCAAAUAAUUCCCUCUAUGCUGGCAAAGAGAAAGUCAAUUAUGAUCGCUAAUGAGAAUGCCCUUAAAGCUAAAAGUGAAUGUGUGUAUAUUUUUUAGCCUGUAUAUAUAAUUUUGACCCUGUGUGGAUUACAGAAAAAAACAAAAUAAACUCAAAGUUGUGUACUAAAUAUUUUUUUAAAACAUUAAAGAUGUAUGCCCUGCAAUCAUUAUACCAGGGGAAAAGAACAAUUCAAAGAAAUUAUUAAGGCUCAAAAUAUCAAGUGUAUGUAAACUUCUGACCACAACUGUGUAUUCUGCAGCUUGAUAGCUUUGCACCGUCUGCUUAUUCAUCAGGCAUUUUAUGUCCAUUGUGUCAAUGACAUUCACUAACCUCUGCAUUAACACUUCCAAUUAAAGUUCUUUUACUAAACCUGCAGGUACACACAUGACCACAGCUGAAGAUGCACCUUCAGUACAGUAUUAUCUGUACCCUUGUUAAGUGCCACUUUUUGACAACUGAAACUGUAUGCAGACAUAUUGUCACAGUGAAGUGCAGGAAAAUGCAAUGUUUUUGUUUACUUUGUACUUCAGACCGAUUGACCUUGUAACAUGGGCAUGAUGAAGGCAUCUAUGACAGAGAAAACAUGCUCUAUGCAGAUGGUAGUGUGGCUUCCAUCUGCCAAGCAGUGAGGUGCCAGGGAUGUCCAAGUACAGCAGACAGAACUGAAAAUGGCUGAUCAGGAAAGCACAUUUAUACACUAGCUGGAAAAGGAUGGUGUACACAUACAUGCCAAUUCGCAGGUCACCUCCACUGUACAUUCUAAACUCUAUUACUGCCAUACUCCUAUAAAGAAGUCGACUUGGGGAAGAUUUCAUUCACGUUUAGGUGGAGACAGCUAGACACUGUAGAAACACAUUUUGAAGUGUAAUCCUCUUUAUUAAUAUUGUGUGGUUUCUAUCCCUUCCUCAUAUCUGCUGUAAAAUAAUUCACCCCUCACGAGUUUGUUCUUUGCUUUGAUUUAAAUUCUCCAGUCAGGUUCAAAGUUUUGACCACCCCCAGCUGUAGUCUUGACAUUUUUGUUAACACCUUCAAUAUCUUUGUUGGCCCUAGUGUAUCUAAUGUGAGGAACUGCAAGGUGUACCAGCUCUCAGUCAUGUAAAUAUUGAAUAUAAAAGA